AUGGGAAACACGGCCCAGUUCGAGUCCCUGCGCAGCAUCCAUGCGCACUAUCGCUGGGGACUCACGGGGACGCCUCCGACACGAGACUUGUCGCAGGUGGCAGAGCCUUUUCGGACGGAAGCCGAGAAAGCGGCGGAGAUGUUGGUGGCGACGCUCGCCCAGAUCUUCCACUUGGGGCAUUUGCCGCUGGAGGAGAAGCCUCCAAGCGCCUACCGUACAGACCUGGCUCAGGAGACCGAGAAAGAACGUCCAAAGGAGAUGUGCCAACACUUCUUGGAUCACUUCGCGCGCCAGAAUACCAGCGAAGAGGUCACCGUCGAUGUGGAGCGUGGGGGACGUUCGUCAGUUCUGGUUGUGGAAUGUGACACCGGUGCCAUUGAAGGAGCACAUCUUGGUUGUGGAUCCAACUCCAGAGGAUCUGCUUUGGAAGAUGGGGUGGGGAUGGGAGAGCGUGCCAUCUAUUUGCAAUGCUCCCGCGAUGUCUCAGAUGCUUCUGGCGCACUCACGGAUGAAGACAGGGCUGAACGCCUCAUCAAGCUUUGCUCCCAUUUCGCGGCCUACUGUGGCCUCGCAACCGCCGCAGCCGACGCGACGGGCGAAUGCCAUCGCAUCAUCUCCACCAAGCAGGAGCGGCGCGUUUGGGCUGAGCAUGCCAAAAAGACCUACAACGUGGCCUUGCAACGGGCCGUCCAGUUGGAACUGCUUUGGCAGAGGCCAGUGGUGUGGACUGAAGAUCAAAAAUCUGAAAGCUGCCUUUCUCAGCAGGGCCAGGACAGGUUUGACCAAGUGCACCUGGGUCUUCUGUUGAAAGCAUUGCUGCAUGGGACCCGACCACGAGACAGUCCACUAAGCCAUGACCUAUAUGUCCGACAUCCAGAGGGCCAUGGAUCUGACAGCCAUCCCCAGAUGUUUCUCCGUGGUGCACCACCUGCAGAAAGUGCACCACCUGCAGAGACUCCGAGACCGGGCUAG